CAAAAAUAGCUGGAAAAACUCAGCAUAUCUGACAGCAGCUGUGGAGAGCAACAAGCCAGUUGACGUUUCGAGUCCGUAUGACCCUUUAUCAGAACUCUUCGUCCAGUGAGAGAUACCUGCUGAGGAGGGGGUUGCGCACCGGAUCGAGUGGUCGAUGAUGGGGGUUCCGCCAGAGGGGCUGGCCAGCCUGAAGGCGCUAUUGUCCAGAGCUGUGGAGGCCGCCGCUGGCAGCCUGUCUGCUCUGAGCCAACAGAUCUGGAGUCAGCCGGAGUUGGCUUACCAGGAGAGCCGGGCUCACGACGCCCUCUGCAACUUUUUCCAGGCUGCCGGCGGCUGGCAGGUGAAGCCUCACUACCACCUGGACACGGCUUUCAGGGCGGACUGGGGCCCGGACGGAGGCCUCACCGUGGGCUUCUUGUGCGAGUACGAUGCUCUGCCCGAGAUCGGGCACGCCUGUGGACACAACCUGAUCGCCGAGGUCGGGGCCGCCUCUUCUCUGGCGCUGAGAGCGGUUCUGGAGACCCUGCCUGACCUGAAAGUUAAGGUUUCAGUAAUCGGAACACCAGCUGAAGAGGAUGCUGGAGGAAAAAUUGAUCUCAUUCAAUUUGGUGCAUUUAAUGACCUGGAUAUGGUACUUAUGGCCCACCCUUCACAAGAAGAUGCUUCUUACCUGCCUGAUAUGGCUUUGAAUGAAGUCACUGUGAGGUAUUUUGGAAAAGCCACUCAUGCUGCUGAUUAUCCCUGGGAAGGAGUAAAUGCAUUAGAUGCUGCAGUUUUGGCCUACACCAACCUGUCAGUAUUGAGACAGCAGCUAAAGCCAGAUUGGAAACUUCAUGGUAUUUUCAAACAUGGAGGAGUGAAGCCAAACAUUAUUCCAUCAUACUCUGAGCUGUUAUUUUAUCUCCGCACUUCAAAGUACAAAGACCUGUGUAUCCUGUGUGAAAAAGCAACACAGUGUUUCAAAGCUGCUGGUUUGGCAACAGGAUGCCAGGUAGAACUGGAAUUUGCUAAGAAUGUAUUCUAUAAUGUGCUUCCUAAUGAAACUCUCCGACAUCUGUAUGAGGUGAAUGGCAGAAGCCUUGGCAUGGAAUUCAAAACUUUUGAAACUCCAAACACUUCAUCAGGCUCCACAGAUUUUGGUAAUGUUUCUUUUAUUGUUCCUGGAAUUCACCCUUAUUUUCACAUUGGAACCUCAGCCCUGAAUCAUUCAGAGGAAUACACUGAAGCAGCUGGAUCUAAAGAAGCACAGUAUUACACUUUGCGAACAGCAAAGGCCUUAGCAAUGACUGCAUUGGAUGUUGUGUUAAACCCAGAUCUGUUGCAGCAGAUGAAAGGAGAUUUUAAAAAGAUUAAGUUUCAAGAACAAACAGAUGGUGUUUGAACAAUACAAGUCUCUUACAGUGGAGAUUGGAAUGGCCAUCAUUAAAUGAUCACAUAAUUAAAAAUAUUUUUUUUAACUCCAGUGUUGAUGGAUUGUAAAUUAAUCACAACAGAUCACUAUCCUAUGUAAAACUGCCAGAAUACGUGCAUUGGUAACGUAGAUUUUACAUUUACUCACAUUGCUUAACCUGCAAAAGCAAAUCAAGUUCUGUAAUGUUGAUAUAUGCCUUUUUUCUCUACUAAAUAUUUUUUAAUACAAUUUAAAAUUUCUUCAGCCUGGCAUUUAAGCAUUUUGCAUGAUUUUAUUUUAACAUGGGAAAGCUAUUGUAUAUUUUUUUAAAAAUUGAUUUGGUACAGAAUGAUUUUGUAGUUUCUAGGUCAUGAUAUGAAGAAAAAUAAAAUCCUCAUUUAUAGUAAUAAGCAGCCAAUGUCUCUCAUCCUAGCUAUAAUUCAAUAUGAAUUCUAGAAAUAUUGCUUUGUUCAAGAUAAUUGUAAUUUACCAUGUAUGGGGAGAAUUAUUUUUGCUUGUUAUUGGAAAAAAUAAAUCUACGUAGAUGUGUAUUAAAA